GCAUGUUAUACCCUGUCAUAAGGCUUGGGUAGUCUCUGCUGUUGUGCAAAUAGGAGAGUUUUGGGAAUCUUUGCUGUUACAUGAAUCAGAUUGCAAUGUUCUGCGUAAAGAUCUGAUGUGACAGUUAAACAAUGCAGGGAAAGUGAGAAUUCACAGAUGGCGUGAGCAAAGGAGGAAGUGAGAAAUUAUGUCUCUUCAUCUGAAGGCUGAAAAGAGAUGGAGAGCAGACUGAAAUGAUGUAAAUAGGCUGUCACAUGUAAACAUCAGGAAUAAACCAAUCGUCCCCACAAUAUAUUGCCUCUGUGGUGAUGUGGCCAACAAGGGACUGCAACAAGUGUGCAAAAGGCAAGAAGAACAGCAGGUCUACCUGAGAAAAUGUUCCAAAUCCUUACAAUACUGUUGCUGGAAACACAGCUCUCCAUGGUUUCAGCUUUAUUUACAGUUGAAGUUCCUCAACAGCUCUACACUGCAGAAUAUGGGAGCAACGUGACUAUGGAAUGCAGAUUCCCUGUGAAUGGCUCAGUGGAUCUAGGACUCCUGACUGUUGUUUGGGAGCAGAAAAGGCAGGGCUUGUUGAAGUCAAAAGAGGUGUACACAUUCCGCAAUGGGAAGGCACUCCGUCCAUCUCAACACCCUGAUUACAAAGGAAGAGCUUCACUUCUGCACAGUGAACUGAAGUUGGGAAGAGCCAUCCUCCAGAUCACCAAUGUUAAGAUCACAGAUGCAGGAUCAUACCUUUGUCUCAUUGACUACCAGGGCGUGGACUACAAAUACAUUGCUUUGGAAGUAAGAGCAUCUUACAAGAGAAUAAAUACUCAAGUAAUGAGAAUACCGGGUGAAGACAAGUUUGUUUUUAUGUGCCAGUCAGAAGGCUUCCCUCUGGCAGAGGUUUUCUGGCAAAAUGAGAACUUCAAUCUCAGUGGAUCUGCAAAUACCACCUAUACACUCACUGCAGAUGGCCUCUACAAUGUCACCAGCAUCCUGGCAUUCAAACCAAAUAUGAGUGAGAACUACACGUGUGUCUUCUGGAAUAAAGAACUGAAUGGAGAAACUUCAGCUCACUUUUCUACUUUAGCUUUAAUGAGUACACAGUAUAGUGGACAAAAAUUCCUGAUCUCUUUAAUCAUCCUCACAUGCGUGACUGUAGCUGUCCUUCUCUCUGCACUAAUAAUAUUUCAGAAGAGAAAAUCAUUCAAGAAUGAGCAACCCAAAAAAGACAGGAAAAGAAAACUGAACCCUAAUGCAAAGGAUGAGAACAGUGAUGAUUUUAACUCUCAGACUGAGGCUUUGUACUUGUCAACUGCCACAGCUUCAAGAGACAGUGGGGAUGUGGGUCUGUGAAAAUUCUUCAUCUACAUGCCAGAAUUUGCACUUUUUCCAACAGUUUUUGGGGACUUCAAAAGAAAAUUACAGCACUUUAGCCUUAGGAUAAACAGUGAACUCAUGGGGAUGUAUUUACACUGCAGCGAUGGAAAGCUAUGCCUCCUCAGAUACCAUAUCUACUUGAAGUUACUAAGAACUAUGCUGUCACAAAAUGUGGUUUACCACUGUGGAGAGGUCGGCUGAGUGCCUUUGAUACACUUUACUUUUGGACUUACUGUUGCUCAAAGGAUUUUUGUUUAAGAAUGCCUUUAUCAACUGUUCCAGUCUCAGGGAUGGUGCUUGGAGUCAAAAAUCUUGUGAAAUUUGAAUAAAAGCUAUCUUAUGUCAAUUAUCUUUCUGGUGGAAACAUCAUUACACACCCAUAUCCCAUUUCGAAAUUUUCUAACACAUUAAACUGGGUUUUACCAUAA